UGAAGACGCUAUGCUGAUGUUUGAUAAGCAGACCAAUCGCCACAGAGGUUUUGGCUUCGUAACAUUUCAGAGCGAGGAUGUGGUGGAUAAAGUUUGUGAAAUUCAUUUCCAUGAAAUCAACAACAAAAUGGUCGAAUGCAAGAAGGCGCAACCAAAAGAAGUUAUGCUGCCGGCCAACUUGGCCAAGACGCGUGCUGCCGGCCGCUCUGCUUACGAUAACAUCAUGUGGGGACUGGGGACACUACCCGACGGAUUUCCGGCAGCCGCAUAUGCAGCCUACGCAGCAGGACGUGGUUACUCGGGAUAUCCAAGCUUCGGUUUGCCUUACCCUGCUGUGAUGAACAACUAUCAAGCUGCAGCUGCUGCAGCUCAUAGCUUUGGGCCUUCCGCAUCCCCACAUACAGCCACCACCCGACAGGGGUUUCCUUCGACCAACUCCCCUGGGCCUACCAUUGAUAUGUACAGCUCGAAUGCAGCCGAUAACGUCGGCUAUGUACAGGCUACCAGCCCACAGCCUUCUGGAUUUCCGAUUGCUGUGAGUCGGGCACCAUUAAACUACAGUCCGGGGCCACUAAUUCCUGCGGCAUUUACAAAUGGAUACCAUUAAAUUGUGGCGAUGGAUUGCAAAUUGUACACCAGCAACAACAGAGAACAACAACAAGAAAAUAUAUAUAAAACCGCAACUGAAAAUUAAAGCAAAUAAUAUUUUACAAACAGAAAACGCAUAAUGAAUUAGGGCAUACAGGAAAAGGUGAAAAAGUAACCAAAAAUCUACACAAAAAUAAAAUAACCAAAUACACCAAAUACACAUACCAUACAUAAAUAAUACAUAAUAAAUAUUUAAUAAUAAAUAAAGUAAAUAAAUAAAUAUGCGCAAUGUAAACCAACAUAAAUCAACAUAAACACAAAAAAAUACACAAAGACAUACAUUCACAUUCACAUUCACAUAUUUGCAUAAGCCAAAUUGUAAACGUGCAUAUGUGCGAAAUUAUACAUAUGUAUGUACAUUCACACAGUUAUGUAUUUAUAUACACGUUACAAAAACUCAGCGCAUAUUUUAAUUAUGUUAAAAAUAGCUACAAGAUAUAUUUGAAACUGCAAAGCAGCAAAUACAGGAAUGGCAAGAAAGCGGAACAGCAAUUUCAAUUACUCAUACUGGCAAGAAAUGCAACACCUAAACUGAAUAAAGCAUAAAGCUUAUUCACAAAGGCAAGGCGGAUGAAGAAUGGCAAGUCUCGAAUAAAGCGGUACACAAUUGACCAUUUGGACAAAGCGACAAACGAACGGAAUAUUUAAAUAUCCUUUGGAGUGCAGGACGUCGCCGUUUUCAAAGCAACACUAGCAACAACGAAUUGGAGCGAAUACUGUGUAGUUGUAAUUAAUAACAUUACCCUUUUAAAUCCAUGUGUGUGUAUUACUAAUACAUCAUAUGCAACUACAUAUUUACAUAUCUGCAUCCACCCCUGUGUGCGACGUGUCGUAUGUGUAACGAGUGAAGUAUAAGUAAACGUGAAGGUCAAAAACCGUACUGUAGCAAAUUAUAAUUUCAGAUUAUUUAUUAUUAAACAAGUAUUGAUUAUAUUGAUUAAUGAGAAAGUAAAUCACAUAAUUAAUUGUUUGCCGAAGCAUUGAUUGAUAAAUCAAAAGCAAUAAUAAAAUAUUUGUACAAAAUGUAAACAAAAGGCAGUGCUGAUAGUGACAUGCGCACAAAUAUUUCGCUGCGCUAAUAAAUAUUCGCUUUUCAUUUCAAAUCUGGAUAGCGUCCAUAUAUGACCAUCUGUGUGAAUAUACUUUUUAUGGCCAAAUAUAUUGGUGGGGUUAUGUGCAUGUACAUAUGUAUAUGUCUCAGUUGUAUUUGUUAGUCUUUCGAGUGCUUAAAUAUUUUAAUUUUAUUAAAAUAUAGUUAAACAUAAUUGAAAUGGUAGAUGAGCUUCAAAAUAUAGUUUUUUUUUGUAUUAUUAACCAUAAUAAAUAUUUCUACAGAUGUUUUUCAAAAUAAUUGUCUUGCAAAUAGUUAUUUGUAAAAAUCAUUUGAUCCCAAUUCAGCAAAUGGUAUGAAAAACUAUUUAUUUUAAACGGUUCCCGUUGUAAAAUUAAAAUAGUUGAUGGAUUCUUAAAAAAGAAAUUGGACUUUUCUGUCUGCUCAUGUUUAUUGUACUUUCAUGUAUGUAAUUGUUUUACAAAAACUUUUCACAUUUCACCAAAUUUUUAUUAAAGUAAAUUGAUUACAAAAAAAAAUAAAAAAUAUUUCUAAUUACACAAGUUGUAAGUUUUCUGCAAGACUUUGUAACUUUUUAGCUAUUGUGUGAUGUAAAUUUUGACAAUUCUUGAAGUAAUUUGGCAUUAUGAAUACUAAAGCUAUUGUGAGCGGUGUUAAGACUCAAUUUUCGUUGCUCUUUUGCUCAUGUAAUAGAAAUAGGGAAGAACAAAAAGGGAAUUAAGUGUACAAAUACUUAACCUUGCAACAACAGUUGAGCACGGUUUGAAGAAAGUAACAAAAGAAUGAAAUUAUUAUUAUUCACAACCGAAUUUAUAUUUGAAUAAUUGAGUGAAUCUGAGUCAGUGCACUUAAUAUUAUACUUACGUGUGCAAUUUCUUAUUAAAACUCGAAAAGGAAGAUUUCAACUGAAUUCGAAUAUAACUAUUAUUUUAUAUUAUUAACAUGCUGCGUUGCUCAUUUAUCAAUAUUUUUCAAUCAAAUAAAUUCGGCUUUAUAAUGUGCAAUAUAUACACUUUUUUGAGUCUCGAAUUAUGUAGUUAGCAGAAAUAUUAAACAUACAUAUUUAUAUGCAUUGCUAUUAAAUUUGUAAAGGCUAAAUACGUUGACAUUAGUCCAAAAUGUAUACUAAAUGAAUUAAAUGUUGAAUGCUUGCCUUCGGAAACUCCGAUCAGUGAAAAAAAUAUUAACUAUAUCAACACCGAAAUACACAUUCUUACAGAGGCAUACUUGUGGGCUUGCAAAAUACGUAAAUGAAAAUCAAUAAAACUACAUUGGCGCAUGCACGAUACAGGAAUAUGACGUGCAUAUGUACAUAUGUAUACAAGUAUAUGUAUUUUUCGCAGUCCUUAAAAGUCAAAUAAAACCUGCGUUCAAAAAUACCUUCCAUUACAUUUUUUGAGCACAGAGUUCGGAUAAAUAUCUAAUACCAAUUACAAUGAUAAAAGAAAUAAAGUAGUUCCAUUCCUAAGUUUUUUUAAUAAAAACAUAUUUCUAACAUUUUUCCAAAUGUUAACAUUUGGCAUAUCGUGACCCAUUUAAGUGCAUACAAAAUGUCGGCUUUUAGAAUUUUGUCACUCACUUCUCAAUCACUUGGCAAAAAUAUAGAGUGCGUUUGGGUUAAAUGCCCGUUGUUUUCCAAUCUACUAAACUCAACAGCUGAGAGUUAUAUGAUUAAACAAUCAUUGGCCUUUUGCUACAUGUAAGGAAUAGAUAUUCCGAAUACUCAACAGUUCAAAAUAGUACAGAGCGACUGUUGAUGUACCACGAUCUGUAUUUGAACUAUCUAUUUGGGAUCAUAAUUUAUCUCUUUAUGCAUAGCAUUUGCUUGUUGUUACUUAAAAAACAUGUGGAAAAAUAAGCAACCCAUUUUUUUUCUAUUCUCUAUUCAAACACUAAGUUUCCACAACUCAAUGUAGCAAAAUUUUUGAGAAGGUAUGAUAGCUUAAAGUUUCAUAAUCUGUUUAAAUGUCAGUUGGUUAAUAUAGCGACCGAAAAAUGACAAUCAAAAUACCAUAUUUAUUAUAUCAUGGGAAUUGCUGUAAUUGGCAUUCGUUCCACAUGCGAUUUGAACAUGUAAAGAUAUUCCCAUUAGAGAUUACGUCUGCAUACAUAAAAAAUUGAAUAUUUAUUAUGUUUCCUUAAUAUUACUAAGUAUUAUGAACCAACACAGCUGAAUCGGCUGACAAAGUCAAAAUGUUUGUGUCAAAUACAAUUUUGCAGCCCAUCGUGAUAACGUUACUCCAAUUUUUUAUUUAAAUCUUUCUAAUCUACAUUCAGCGCCAAAGCUUCAAAUUCUUAUUCUCUGAAAAAAAAAAACAGAAAUCGGUAAGUCCUAUAAUAUUUGCCAAAUUAUUUCCAGUCGUUCAAAUUUUAAAGUGUAAUUUUUGCAAACAAUUAUUUACACACAUUAACGUCACCAAGGCACAGGCCAGAAGAAAUCACUUUAAAGCAACAAUAACUACCAUAAUUAACAAAUAAAUAAAGCAAAAAAUGCAACCAACAAACCGCCAUUUUCCUGCGUAAAUGUCAUAGACCAAAAAAAAAACAAAAUGCAAUUAAAACCUGGUGUUGGGUUACUGCAUCGUCAGCAACAAACUGACUACAGUGGAACACUUGCUUAAUACUACCUACAAGAAAAUAUACAUAAAUUUAAAAAAACCUAGUGGUAAUAAUUUAAAACACCAAUUUUAAUAGUACGGCACUUCAUACAUACAUACUUACAAAAAAUUAAAUAUAUUGAAUAAACACAUUGAUUAAUAAACUUAUACAUGCAUACAUAUAUGAGGAUUAUAUAACAGAAGGAAAAAAAUUAAAAAUAACUAAAAUAUACAAUGCAGAAAAAUAUUUAAAAUUACAUUGAAGUUUAUAUGUAUAGUGAACAAAUAACAGCAUUAUGCUAAGUUAAGAUUGUACGGGAAGAAGUUGGAGGAACUUAAUAAAACCAUUUUGGCCAUUUGUAAAGGCCCAGACAAAUGUAUGAGAAAGAAAAUGUUAAAAUAAGAAAUGAAAAUGUUUAAUGCAUAUACAAAAUACUAUGGGAAGAAGGAGUGAAAGUAGAAACUGAAAGCCAUAAAAUCAAAUUGAACACAAAAACGACGACUGUAAGCAAAUCAUCCCGUCUUUGGAAGAAAAGAUCAAAGGGAUUGACUAACAAAUAUUGUGUUUAUAUUGUAAGUUGGAAAUGAGAAUUAAAAUAUUGUUAUAACUAGAAAAAUACACGUUUUAAGGUGAAAAGAAAUCAUUUAUAACACAAUAAAAAUAUGCGUAAGAGCAACAAAAAUUAGUUUGUUUAAGUAUUAUAAAAUAAACUAAACUUGCAAUUAUACAGAUUUACAAGUAUGCAUGCAUACAUGCAUUAUGUGAAAACGCACCCACGGAGACGGCAUUCUUAUAUGCACAUUUUGGGGUGUAUAAAUAACAACUGCGCCUAGCUCGGACUCCAACCUGGUUUGUGGCUGGGCUUAGGAGUGAGUAAAGCCGAUUGCAUAACGAAAGUGCAGAGAUUUUAAAGCACGAAAGAUAGCUAUAAAGACACAAAACAGAGGUAAUAUCACUACAUUAAACAGAAACAUACAUACAUAUAUACAAUUUAUAAGGAAAAUUGAAAAAUAAGAAAAUUUGUAGCAUUUAGAUAGGAUGAAAUUGAGGCAGUACAUGUGCAGAUACGAGUAUAGUAAAAACAAAAUGUCAAAGCAGCUAUAGAGAUUGUUAUAAUAAGAGAAAUGCAUUGAAUGACGCCGAACGCAAAUGCAUGAAAGUGGGUAAGUCUCAGACCAAAGAAUAUAGCUACAAACAAACUUAUCAGUUGUAACUGGUCUCUUAAGAAGCUUUGCACUUAGUUAGAAUUGGACGGCGAACAUUAGUUAGGUGAAGUGUAGGGAAAGCUAAAUGUAUAGAUGCCAGCAGUAACAGAGUGUUACAUUUUUUAGCUAAAUAGCCAAAGUGGCUUAAAGAUUGAUCAACUACUAGCACCCAUGUAAUUGUAGGUAGCUUGAAAGGUCAGUCAGAUGACGGUGUGAUGUUUAAUUGAUUGACAAUUGUCCAAUGAUGUUACUUUAAACAAAAAACCAAAAACAAAAAACAACAAAAAAGGAAAACAAAACUUAACCAAUAUAAGUAAUUAUUUAAAGGUAAUGAAAAUUUAUUAAGCAAGGAUUUAUUUGCAAACUCACUCACAUAUACAUACACAUAUACAUACACUACAACUGUAAUUGUUUACAAGAAUAUAUACACAAAGCUACUUACAUAAUUACAUAAAUACAAACGUACAUACCACACAGGGUAUACAUGAAUUAUACGUAAACUCACAUUUACAUAUACACACAUACAUACAUAAUUCACACAAUUCGAUACGUACCCCUGUAUUAUUGCUAAAAAGCCAUUAUAGCUGGCCUAAAUCAGUAAGGAAUAUUAAAAUAUACAUUUAUACACACAAUACUAAAAACAAAAAACAAAUUAAAAAAAAAACACAAAAUCUCAAAAUACAGAUAUUAAAAAGUAUACAUAUGCCUACAUAAUUUCAUGUGUAUGUAAAUGACAUAACUUACUGCAGAAUAGAAUGCAAUGCGGGGAACCCAGGCAGUUCCCAAAGUGGAGACGCCCUAAGACAAGUGUAAAAGACAAAAAAAAAAAAUCAUAAAAAAUCAUGCAUACAUACAUAUAUUACGAGUAUAAACAAAUAAAUAUAUAUUUUUAAGAAAUGUUCUAAAAGCAAUAAUUACAAACAACAACAAGAAAUAUAUAUAUAAUAUUGUGAAAAAAUUAUGUAUUGGUAAAAACUAAACAAUAAAACAAAAUCAAGUAUAGUCUAAUGUUAUAUACAAAAUAUACAUAUAAAACAAAUAUUUAUCUAUGAAUACUAAGCUAAACCAAAAAAUAUAAAAAAUAUUAUACAUAAAAGUAUUAACAUAAAGAAGAACUUACAAACCAAAAAUUAUUAUCUUUAAGAGUGGUACCAUAAUAAGCAUACCAAUACCCUGGCAAAAACUGACUGUUUAGAAAAUACUAACAGAAGAGUUAUCUUCAAACAUCUUUAAACUGCAUGCAAGUCAUAUUUUUCUUUCUAAAAGCCAAUGGAGCAUUCUACCCCGAUGCUAUAAUUACAAUAGUGGUUCAAGCGAAAAAAUUAAAAAAUCACACAGAAAAUUAACAAUUUUUAACAAAGGGAUCAAUUUAUAUAUACGAGGUACUAUAAAUAAGAGACAAACUUGGAAGUAUGUCGAAAAUACUAUUAACUAAAAUUUAAACAACAAAUUAUUUAGAUUUGCCUGAAAACAAUACACUUUAAUUUGUUUUCAAUGAUAGUUUCUCAAAAUUAGCAAAAUUUAAUGAAAAUUAAAACAAUUAAUAUGAGUUUAUUUUUCUCCUCCGUUCGAAUUUUGAUAUGCAUGCUACGAUACUCCAAUUAGAUGCUAACUUGUCAAAUCACAUUGUAAAGUUUUCAUUACGCGUGAUUCUUAGGAUGCGAAAAGACCCGAUUCUAGGCACAGGUGGUUCGUCGUUAGCAAUAAGGCCCUGAGUUUUCCGGUGCAUGUUCAGUUCUAUAUAUUCAUGUUUGGAAUGAAAUGUCGAUAUAACUAUAACAUUUGUCGAUGUUGAAUUACUUAAUUCAUUAAUUAAUCAAUAAUUUAUGCGAAUUUAAGUUUAUGUAAAAGUAUGUAUGUCUUGUUAAUUUAGUUUUGAGACAUAAAAUAUUUUUUUCUUACUUGAUGUUAAUCCUUACUGAGUAUUUCUCUUUAGUAAUCACAUUUCUCUAUUUCUCUUUUCUAUGGGUGGAAGAUACAUAUGUGUAUAUGUAUGUGAGUAUAUACUUUGUAAGGAAAACGGUCAAGCUACAAAACAAAUUUUAGUAUAUGUAACUGGAAAUCAAAAUUUUGUUUGCUAAAAUUAAAUGAAAUUCCCUUUAAACAAAAUCAAAAACUGGCCCAACCUGGAAAAUUAAAAAAUUAGAGUCCCUACGAGCCACUUUAGACACAUCUUUGCCUUAAAUAGUGCUACAUAUUAUAUUUUAUGCCAUAUGGUUCCGCAAAGUAGUUAAAAAUAUUUCAAUUACAGGCAAAAUAUUACCACAAUCUGAUUUCAAGGAAUCAGAGAGAAGUACCACGCAACUAUGCAUCUGUAUAUUAUUUCUCUGUUAUCUAUUCCACAAUUUUACUUUUUACUUUAAGGCACUAAAGAGUAACUAAAUUUCAAAAGUAGACAAAUGAAUCGAUACAUGAAAAACGCGUCCUUUAGAACAAAAUCAAUUUUAGUCAAUUAACAACAAAAUAAUAAAUAAUAAAUAAGAGUAACAAAAAUGGAACUAACCAGUAAAAGGUACAUAUUUAUGUAAUAAUAAUUUAUGUUCAGUUUUUAAGGUUUUUUCAUAGCCUUUUUCUAUUUUAAAAAUUCUUUUUCCAAUAGGUCAAAUUUAAAAUGUAAUAAAGAAAUAUGAAUGGCGCAACGCCUCCGCAUUUUUGUAAGCGUUAAAUCGCAAAAGCUUUAAAUACUUGAAGUUUUAUAAUUAAAGAAGAAAAUGGGCAUGCAAACGGGGGAGCUUAUAUAACACUACUGGUACACGCCCCCGUGGCAUUGCCAGACUUUUGUCAAUUUAGGCCAAAACAGCAAGUAAAAUGUUAAGGAAGAGCUGUAUGAAUACGCAAAGGCAACCAAAUGCCGGAUACACGAGAUGACAAUUUUAAAAAUGAAAAAAUACUUAGAAAAUAAAAUAAAUGAAAAAAUUCUAGCAAUUAAAUAAUACACUUUUUUACUCAAGAACGUAAAAUCGUAUAUGAGAACAAAGUUAUAAAAAAACUUAAAAUAAACAUACACACAUAUCAUUUCUCCGUUUUCUAAAACCUACUGAUGGAAGAAAAACUUUAAAACUUCAUUAUUUAUUGUAUUUUAUUAUAUUAAGUAAACACAUACAUUUGUAGGUACAAAUUUAUUAAGUAUGCAAUUUUUUUUAAUGAAAAGCGCAUAUGGAAAUGCAAAGAAUUCCGAAGAAAUUUCGUUCACAAGGAAAUCAUACUUGAUUCGUCAUACAAGCCAACACUUAAAAUUGAUAAAUCAAAAACCAAAUAAAUAGAUAUUUGUAAGCUUAUUGGUAUUUCACAGGUACUUAGGUACUUUCAGAAGAAAUUAAUUGAUUUGGUUUUCUAUUUAGACCUUGAGCUUGCUUUCAUGGCAAUUAUUUGCAUACUCUUUUCGCUGCUUAGAAAAAUAUCACUUUCUUUCAGACACACAAAGUGCAGAAGUAUCUAUGUAUGUAUAUAAAUUCGCAACCUUAAAGAACUAUUUUCCUUUAAAACCAUACCACUUCUUCACUAUAUUUAUUACUUUUUUAAAGCGAUUUCCAAAUCACAUCUCACACAGACUGUUUAAACUAGAAACAAUGAUUUCAUUUAUUAACCAAUGAGCAACGACAAUUUGUAUAAUAUAAUGAGGAUAUACAAAUUAGCAUAGACAUACAAACUUUAAUUUCUUAGAUACAUACAUACUAGGAACACAUGCACAUACUCGAUUUUGCUAUAUCGAAUUCUUUGCGCGUCCUUCUGCGAUGGAAUUCCUAACAAACACCUUCACUAUAUUGACAAUAUCUUAUAUAUAUAUAUAUAUAUAUAUAAAUAUAUUUUACACUAUACUAUAUAUAUACAAAAUAUAUAUACAUAAAAUCAAUGUAAAAAAAUAUGAAAAUAAUUAAUAAGCAGAGAAAAAACUUUAAAGGAAAAACAACAUACUAGGUAAGUGGAAAAUAUAUGAUAGGUAAAUAAUGUAUUUACAAACACCCAAAAUAAUGGUAUAUAAGAAUAUGACUUGCUAAUAAUUUCAUAAAUACAUACAUUGUUGAAUCAGAAUGUCAAGUCGGUGUACGUAUGUAUAUGCAAGACAGCAUUGUCCUUGAAUACGAGUACCCACUUCACAUGAGUAACGCAUAAAUUAAGAAGAACCAUUUUUGUUGAUACGAAGCAGAUUUCUAACUGCAGCUAAUAAUGAUGAUUAGAAGAUCAGAGAGUCAUUAUUAUUAGCAUUAUUAUUAUUAUUACUAUUAUUAUUAUAUUACUAUUAUUAUUAUUAUUAUUAUCAAUACAGUUAUAACUAUUCUAAAGAUUAAGUCUAUUGAUAAAAAGGAAAAUAAAUCAAUUUCUUAUAUAAACUAAAACCAAUGAAAAUAAAAACAUAAACAUCAUUUUCAGAUGAAAAUGUACAGCAGUAACUAAAAACUUUGAAAAUGUUUGGAAUAAACCAGAAGAGCUAGCCCAAAAUAAAAGGUUCGAAUAGCUCCAUAUAUAGAUAUGUAUGAAAUAUACGCAAAAUCCAAAAAUUUAGUUGAAAUUAAAUUUGUUUACUUUUUAAUUUUAUAUCCACUAUUCGUGCAGCAGUUCAAAAUAGACCACAUUUUAUUGAAUACGUCCCAUAAAUGCAUCAUCAUCAGUCUGAAACCACUGAAAUUUUUGAAUAAGUAACAAAAAAAUGAUCACGGUGUAAAAAUAGCGUCACUUUCCAAAUUUUAAAUCUCAUAUACACAUAACGUCUUCGCGAAUUAUAAGCAAACAAUUAAAAUUUUACUAUCACACCCUCGUUCAACAGCAAGUUUUUACAUGACCUCAAUAAGCUACAGGGGUUGAAAAUAUAUAUACAAUCUCAUUAUUUGAAAUUUAAUUCAAUUAAAAAGUUUCAAAAACGAAAUUUAUGACAAUUAUUAUAAUUAGAGAUCGGAUUUUUAUGCAAAUUGAAUAUUUUAUUAUGAUGAGUUUCUACCUAGGUGCGAACUUCAUGUGAUGUUAAACAAAAUAUGCACUUGCAUAAGAAUCCGAUCUAUAAUUAUAAUAAAUGCCAAGACAACCCAUUUAGAGUAAUUUUCGUGUUUAAAACUGCAUAGUGUAUGUAGUUAUUAAUUAUAAAGGGUUUUCCAAUAAGGGCGGGUAGAUGUUGAAAUGGAAUAAAAUGGCGUUUGCUGUGUGGCACGUAGCGCCGUCCUGCUGGAACCAUAUGUAGUCUAGGUCCAUAUGGAUCAAUAUGGGCCAUAAGAAAUUGGAAACACUCAUUUUGAUAAUAAAUUUCAUUUGAACGUGCUGUUCAAUCGUAUAACUUGCCAUGAUGAUUUGGCAUAAACAACUAAAUAAUAAACAAAAGAUUUGACAGAUGUCACCAAAUCCAAAUGGCUCCCACAGGGCGCCAAAAUCGACCCGCGCCAAUUGAAAAACGUUUUACUUUGCAUACUCCUUACAAAUUUGUAUUCACGCAAAUUCGGAUUCCUCAUAUAAAUAGUAUUCUUUACUACAAGGGCAAGUCUUCUUUUUGACGGCCGCUGUAGAGGAAUGAUUUGUACUUGAGUACCCUUAGGUAGUACACAGGUUCGAAACCAAGUUUGGGCAUAAGACAACAAAUUAAAGAAAGUGCUUUCUAAUGACGAUCGCCUCUCAGCAAGUAUUGGCUUAGCUGCGAUUAUAUUUCUACCCUCAAAGCGCUACUCAUAAAAACCAUUCACCGUGCAGAGGCGGCAUAGAACUGCAAUUCCUUCUUUUUGUGGAACAACAUAAAGGCGUUCGAAAGUGUUAUAUACUAUAAAUAUAGCAUUUAAAAAUCAAAACUAGCAAAAGUCACAUACAUUUUAAACAAAGUUUCUAAAAAGGUUAGGCCAAGGUGAUUAGCUCUCAAACGGUGCAAAACGGUAAUACUGAUUAGAAGUAAUCGAAAAUAAGAUAUUAGUAUGUAUGUAUGCCACUGUGGCGUUUCAUUGAGAUCUGUUGAUUCUACCGAUUUUGUGAAUGACUGUAAGCAGAAAACAAUCUGGAUUAAAUUUUUCCAAACAACCUAAACUAAUCCAAUUACUUCAAAUUUCGGUAAUUUACGCACAUUAAAUGGAUAUUACAUGGAAACUAUACGGCAACACUUUUUUGGCAUAUUGACACCUAGAACCGGUUUCGAGUUGAAGCACUCGUAAUGAGAUUGACAUUGUUGUGAACUAAAUUACUUAGUUUAUUUUUGAAUUUUCUUCGACGCCAUAUAAAAAAGGGCAAUGAUUAAAGAUUGCACAUUUAUAUGCGUUUAGAUCCUAUGAGAGCAUCCAAACACGUUACGGGAAUAUCAGAAUCAUCUGCUGAUGAUUCGACUGCCACGAGUUAAUUCCUUUCUUAGAUAAGUGGCAUGAAUAGUUCAUCAUAUUUAACCAGUGUCCAUAUUUUUGCACUGCGCCGCACUUAACUACUGGUAUUAUGAUCGUACUUAGUUCACGUAUUAUUUCACUAAACAGUACUCGAACACAUACAUAAGAAACAAUUGUUGCACAAAUUCCUAAAACAAAUAAACUGAAUAUGAAAAUUUGCGUUGUUUGUCAACGUCAAAAUGUAUUUAAAAUCAAUAAUAAUUUUUAAUUUUGCGUAUUCAUUCUCAUGCAUACUACAUACAUAUGUGCAUACAUAUGAGCAAUAUUAUGUAAACUGGUGGCAUUGAAGAUAAAAGAAACUAGUUCAGAUACUAGUUCAAAACAAACUUUUGAAAAGAAGCCUAUGGAAAUUUUAAUGAGAGCAAAAUUCGCAACAACAUAGCAAAAUACUAUUUAAUUACAAUUAUGAAUACUUUUAAUUAUGUAAAUAUAUCUAUAAUGAUAAUUGUAUUGUUAACUCUGAACUACAGAUACAACAACUAUACAAGGAAACGUUUGCUGUUAAUUUUGUCAAAAAAAUUAUUAUUGCUACUAAAAUUAAAAUAAAAAGAAAAAUACCCAAUCGGGGAAAAUUCCACUUCUUGACGGAACCUACAAAAUGCAAAAACGCACGCAGGCGAAUAGAAGCUAAUUAUUUAUGACUUUAAAAACUUACUGGUUAUUUUCGUUGAAACAUCAAUUCAAAAUCCGAAGGUAAACGAAUAUUUAGAAAAAAAUUACCGGAAAAAGGUUCAAUAGCAAAUAAUAUAAACAAGCGAAUUUGUAAAAUAUUAAGUAAACAACAAUAUUUAGUAUAAAUUUACCAAGCAUGGAAAGAUUAUGAAGCAUAUACAUACAUACUUGCAUAUACUACAAGUUUGUUUCCUCGACAACUGUGAACACAUGUAUGUAAGUAUUUUAAUUUGAAUAAAUUUUAUGAAAUCAAAAAAUAUUGUAUUGUAACAUGUAGCCAAAUAAAACUACAACAAUUCAUUGAAAUGUGGAAUUCAUAUUUUUUUCAUUUUCGUACAAGAUUAUAAUUAUUUUGACAAGAUUGCAACCGAAACACCACAAAUUUCAGUAAAACAAAUUAAGGAUAAAUACGAAAAUUGACAUUGAUACUUGUAUAGAGAAUUGGAUAGAUGGUUCGAAGGCAAAUGUCGUACGCACUUUACUAAAGCAAUACAUACGAAGAAGGCAAAGCAUCUGAGUUCGAAAAAAAGAUUGAUGCAAAAGUUUGUAGGUACGUCGCAAGAGUAUGAGGUUAAGUGAAACUAACUCCAAAUAAUUUGAGUUAUAAACGGUAAAUGUGUAUUAACAGCGUAUUAACAGCACAUAUAAAAAUAGAAAGCAAGUUAAGAGAGAAUUGAGAGCAUAAUGUAAGGAAAAGUAAUAUUAUAAUAACUAUUAUUGCAUGGUGAUGAUUUUAAAGAAAAAUAUAUAUAACUGAAAUACACAAAAAAUCGAAAUUAAAGUUAAAAGAGAACUCUAUAUAUAAGCAAUUAACAAUUCUAUGAAGUAUAUAUAUAAAUGAAUGAUUGAAUUAAUACAUGAAUCUAUAAAAAAUACCAUAAUAAAACCAUGAACAUUGUUCAAAGGAAAUACA